AUGACUCGGCAAGACCGGCGAGAAGAGGAAGAGAGAACAGAGACACGUGGGAAACAAUUCGUUUUGCUUAUCUUGGAGAAGCCCGACGACACCUACCGUCUCACAGUUGUGAACCCUGGACAGGGUAGAGAGUUCCACAAGUCUUCUGUCCAGGGGCACCCUAAAGUGAAGUACCAAACAGCCAUGGUUCUUGAGGGCCUUAGUCGUGAAAAGGCAGAAGACGAUGCUUUUUGGCUGACUCUUUUUGCUGCCGUUCCCAUAGCAGGUCCACGGUCAGCAUGGCACCUCCUAUACGAUCUAUUCCUCCCCUUCCUUUUGGGUGCAAAAGGGGGGACCAAGAUGCUCGAAGAUGCGCUUCUUAGCUCCCGAGAUACCGAUUGGCGGACUCCGCAACAUGGCGGCGGAUGCUGGAAAGUGAUCAUGCAUGGAAUUCGCCAACUAUUGCGAUCAAACUCAGUUUCGGUGGCAAAUGCAAAGCUACUGCAGUGGAGGCUGCGACAACAAUUCCUGCAAUUGGCACUGAAAGAUGUUGAUGCUGCUCCACGACUCAGCCACGGUCAGAGGACAUGUCUUCGCAUCGCUGCUUCGCAACUUGGGCUUGCGGCUGUGAAGCUUAGUGUCCAGAUGCCGGACACAGAUGGAUCUGGUUUUCUGAAAGAAGCCAAGCAGCUUGUCGAAAAGACCGAAGAGGCUCUAGCGGCCAAACCAGUGUUGCAUUCAGGAGAGCUUCCACUUGCUGAGCUGCAGCCUAGUGCUUUGACCGCGAGAGCGCAUGAGCAAACCACUGCUCAUCCCAAUUGGGACUAUUUCAUAGGGCCUCGACCCAACCCUUGGCAGUCACUCAGUGUACCUGCUCAGAUCCCAUUGGAUUUGUUGGCUUUGAGGGAGCGGGUGGAGACGGUUGAGGAAGCGAUUCAUGCGCUCUACACAGCUAAGGACGUUUGUCGAACACUCUCUGGAAUGCGCGAAGCUGGUCGGUGCAAGUUUGGCCACCUCCUAAUCGUCAAUGUUUUGCAGCAGCUUUUCACAGAAAUCGUUCCUACUCCACUCGGGCCAGCAUCUUCCCACAAAGAUGCCAUUUGGUCGUGCCACCGCGACUUCAAUUCUCCGCAUGAGUACCUGACCAGGCCGAUGGUAUCAGACUUGCAGCAAUCUUUGCUCGAACUUUGUUCGCAAUUUGCAGCAGCAGCCUUUAGCAUUCACACUGUAAGGGUGAACAAGGCGGACAGUGACACUGAUGCAGAGGUGCAGAGGGCACAUCCGAGUCGAACUUUUGAUUCCACCAUUCUUUGCAUCUUUGGGGCGAUAGCUGCCUUGUCCGACCGCUUGGCGCGUAUGAUUCCGCAGGACCAUCAGAGCGACUGGCAAGAUAAAGCUCGAAAGAGCGAGGAGAGCUCCUCUGGGCUGCCGCCGGUUCCCCUGAGCCGUGUCACUCAAACACUUGUUGGCACAGAAGAUUCACCCGGCUUCGCCAUUUUGAUUGACACCUUCGUAGCUCAGUCGGAGACGAUAGAGGUAGCCAUCCCUGCACUGCACAUGAGCCGCUCAGCAGUCAUAAAUUACUUUGAGGAAGUAGCUGAAUCCAUGGACUUGCAGGGGGAUCCAGCGCGUAUCCUGUUUGAUUGGGAGGAUGGGAACUGGCAGAUGUUUUCUUACGCUCACUAUGGCACUUCAGUCUUCUGCCGAACUCUUGCGGCCUCAUAUUUGCCUGCAGAAAAGAGACUUCCCAACUUUCAGAACAUGCUCCUGGCGGGUGAUGUCGAAUUGCUCCUCAGUUACCUCACAGUCCCAUACCUUUGCCAACCUUUGCUGCUUCGCUUCUUCUGCCGACAUGACCGAGUGCUGGCGUUGCGCGACCCAGCGUUGCGGGAGAUGCUGCAGGCUGCAUUGUUUGAACCAGGUCGCAUUGUCCUGAGCAGGAAUGCCUCCGAGUGUCCCCAGCAAGUGCCAGCCACAGGAAGAGCUGAGAUGGCCUUGGUUGGGUCUCCUAAUGGACAGCUUUUGUUGGAGCUCACGCAUUCACCACAGCCACUGCUCGAGGCUCUCGCAGAGUGCGUAAAACUGGCAUUGGAUGUAGCCACUUCAUCAACUUCAAUGACAGUCGACAUAGUUUUGUUCAUUUCAAGGCUUUACGCCCGAGUGAUGAGUGCAGUCACAUUCGUGCACCAAGUGAUGAGCGGGGAGCACAGGUCCCAGCAAAGAAAUUGGGAGUUCAGUUUGCCGAAAGCAGGAACUUCAAAACAUCAGAAUGUUGUUGGGACCCUACAGCAAGCAAUGAAGGAUCAACGGGAUUGCGCUCUAGGGGCGCAAGGGCAAGGCCUUUUGACGUGCUUGGACAGCUGGUUGAAGGAACUUUGGCAUAACAUCGAGAAGAAGCCCGACCUCAUGGAUGAGAAUGUGCAACGGAUGUGUGACAUCCAUGCACACAUUCUGCUGCUACUGCGCAGCAUGCCACUUGUUGGAAGGGCGCACGCAAACCAAAAACGAUCUCCUUGUCACCAUGUGCAGAUGCUACUUGGGUCUUACUCAUUUUUGAUGGCCCACCAUAGCUGGAACACCGGGCUGUUGCAGAUACCUGAGCCAGAGGUGAUGGAGGUUCUUCAAGUGCAGAGGCGUUUCUUGCUAGAAUGGCUUGACUCUUGUGAUGCUAGCAGUGAGUUUGAUGAAGCUUUGAAUACCGUUCUGCAGCCGUAUGUCAUCGACGACCAUGGCCAUGAUUUGCAAGGUAAAAUGGCCUGGGGCAAGAUCAAUGAUGAUGUCUUGCAAUCAAUGGGAUGCUAUGCGCUUCAUGAACGCACUGGUUCAGGAUGCAUCUCGCUCUUGCCUCGAAAGGGGACGUACUGGUUGGAAGUGAACCUCCAAUUGUUGCAAAUAUCCAUGAGGGACACAUCAAUGCAAGCUCUGGAUGGAGAUGUCAUGAAAAGCUCUGCUUUACAAAAGGUUUUGCACCGCAAAAACCAGAAAGUGCAAAACCUGCAGGGAAUCAGAGUGCUAGAAUCUCAAACUGCCGUAGUGGUCGAGCUCAUGUCACAUGAUUUGCUGGUUUCGACAUGGGCCCCGAUCGGUAGCCACCAGCCAGAGUUUUUGCCGAGCUGCAUGGGCUAUGGAGACUUGUAUGACGCGAAGGGCUUGCAAGAAGGUUUGGACUGGGUUGGAGAGUUGUUCGAACCCAUCAGGUUGCAGUUCUUCGAUACUGACACGCCUCCGCAGUUCUUUCUCAAGAGUGAUGCUGCAGCUUCGGCAUCAGUGGCAAUUCUGGCUGGUAUCCAUCCAAAGCUGCCAGGAAAGAUUUGGAAAGAGGCACAUAUUUGCAGGAGUUUGCAGAUGGUUCAAAUCUUUGGGAUUCGCAGCUAUGGCCAUCAGUUUUAUCGGGUGCUGGAAUAUUGUUCCGACUGCCGCUUCAGCUUGCGACACAUGCAGCCAAGUUCAGAUGAUAGAGAGUCGGUUUGGCCAGCCCUCGAGCGCUUUGCAGCUGGUGAGCCUUCGGAUUUAGACUCAGACGCUGUGCAUAGCUCUUCAACCACAGUGUAUCGUCGCCAAAUAAAAGUUGGCACCGACAACGAUGAGGAAGAACGCGCUACUGGCCGCCAUUGGCCUCCACAGAGGUCCGAAGAUCAGUUAAACAAUGAGGUCAUUGAAUCUUCGGAUUCAGAACUAGACAUCAGUGACAUCAGACUGGAGACUUGUAAAGUUCAGUUUCUGGAGCCAUUUAGUGUUGCUCAAGGUGUGCAGGAGGUCAACUUCAGCCUUGUGACAGAGCUCCAGCCAGACACACUCGACACUGAGUGCAAGUACAAUAUGGAGUUUGGAAAGCAGCCCCAAGCGCAGCGAAGCGAGUUCAAUGAGGCUCGACGCUGA